ACGCCAUCUUAUUUGAUUUGUUGUCAAGCACCGUCCGGUCUCCGGUGGGUGAACUUUGCCGGAAAAGGCCGAGAGGGGAUUCCGGGAAGGAAGACGGAGAAGAAGUAGCAGCAUCAGCUAGGGCAUUCUAGUCCUUCGAUUUCACUACCGCUGGAACUUCCAUGCUCGCCUUUUUCAUCAGCAGCCGUACCGGAAUCCACUGAUUUUUAUCCAGGGGGCGCGGCGGGUCCUGCUCUGCAAUGGCAGUGCCUCCCUCCAAAGAUGCUCUCUCCGUCACGGCCAUCGCUGGCCUCACCUUCUUUUCUGCCACUUUCUACACCACUCUUUGGUAAACAAUUUGAUCAAAUCACGGCGGUUGAGAUUCGUCGGACAAUCUAUAGAUGAGAGCUCUUCGGCGAAGUCAAACUUCAUCGUCGUCACCAAACUCGCCGUCUUCGUCUUCUUCUUCGUCAUCUGCGUCGUCGUCGUGGAUUCAUUUGCGUUCGGUUCUGUUCGUUGUUACUUCCUCGCCUACUUCUUCUUGUUCCUCUUCUGAUCGAAGCAGCCGUCUUAGAUCACCUUGGUCUCGCCGAAGAAGGAAACGUGUCCUUUCACCUCAAAAAUGGAGAAGUUUAUUUACAUCUGAUGGUAGACUCCUAAAUGAUGGAGUCAAGUUCGUGAAGAGAGUUAGAAGUAGGGGUGUUGAUCCAAGUAUUAGAGCUGAAGUCUGGCCGUUCCUCCUUGGAGUCUAUGACCUUAACAGUUCGAAUGAAGAAAGAGAUAUCAUUAAAACCCAGAACAGACAGCGAUAUGAGAAAUUCCGCAGAGUCUGCAGGCGAUUACCAAAACACGGCACUAGGAGUUUUAAGUUGAAUGAAAUUGAGAGGGCUUUUCAAAAUGAGGACUGUGGACAUAUCAUUCAGGAUAGAGAAUCAUGUAGCUCUGACGAUGUAGUUAGUGCUCGGGAAUCUCUUUCUAGUGAGGAAAGGAGCCCAGAUGCUGAGCACUCAGAUGAACCCUCCAUUGCUUUUCUGGAAGGAGAUGAUGGUUCAAGAAGAGUGACUAGUGCUGAUGUAUCAGCACUUAACAGUGAGUCAUCUGAUUCAGACUCCUCAGAGGACCCUGAUGUGAUACGGGGUUCUCUCUCUUCAGAAGGCAGGGUGGAGAAUGAUCCUGACAUGCAUCCCCAAGAGAAUGUUUCUCCCUCAAGCACUGAAGGCCAGUCAAAACUACAUGUAACUGAAGAUUUUUCCAGCUGGCAACGGAUCAUCCACCUUGAUGCUUUACGUGCUAGUGCUGACUGGGUAUCAUAUUCUCCAUCUCAGGCUUCUGUAUCAGAUGCUAGGGCACGACGUUCGGCAGAGGCAGUUGGGCUUAAAGAUUAUGAUCACCUGGAGCCUUGCCGAAUUAUGCACGCUGCCCGGCUAGUUGCUAUUCUCGAAGCCUAUGCACUUUAUGACCCUGAAAUUGGCUAUUGCCAGGGCAUGAGUGAUUUACUCUCUCCAAUAAUUACAGUCAUUACUGAGGAUCAUGAGGCUUUCUGGUGUUUUGUGGGCUUUAUGAAGAAGGCUAGGCAUAAUUUUAGGCUUGAUGAGGUGGGGAUCAGAAGACAACUGAAUAUAGUGUCCAAGAUAAUCAAAUGUAAGGAUUCUCACCUCUAUAGACACCUGGAGAAACUCCAGGCCGAGGAUUGCUUUUUUGUAUAUAGGAUGGUGGUGGUACUGUUCAGGAGGGAAUUGACAUUUGAACAGACAAUAUCACUAUGGGAGGUAAUGUGGGCAGAUCAGGCAGCCAUCAGGGCUGGGAUCGGGAAGUCUGCAUGGAGUAGGAUAAGGCAGCGAGCACCACCAACAGAUGAUUUGUUGCUCUAUGCCAUUGCAGCUUCAGUGUUGAAGAGGAGGAAAUUGAUCAUAGAGAAGUACAGCAGCAUGGAUGAGAUUUUAAGAGAGUGCAACAGUAUGGCGGGGCAUCUUGACGUAUGGAAACUCCUAGAUGAUGCACAUAACUUGGUGGUCACGCUCCAUGAUAAGAUCGAGACUUCCUUCUAACACUUCUAGUGCAUUUAGUCUACAAAUUUCACAUGUUUUAGCUCCUAAAUCAACUUUGCUGCUCCGGGUAUUUCAAGUCUUUUUCAGUUCACUGCUUGAAAUGGUAUCCCACUGAGAUUGUUUGCUUACUAUCCUGCUGUCCACUGCUAAGAAAAACGGUGGGUUUAGCAAAAAAAAGCCAGUAAAAAAUUGCUUAUUUAUAUAUGUCUGUACUCUGUUAUUCUCUGAAGUAAGGUGAAUAGGUUGGAUAUGACUUAUUAAACCCAUAUU